AUGAAGGACGUAUCAUUUGUGGAUCGUCUCUUUGUCGGCUUGGCCAUGGCCUCUUUUGUCGUGGCCACUGAGGUGAGGCCAGACUGCCCAAAGCUCUGCGUAUGUGAGAUUAGACCCUGGUUUUCCCCCAGUUCUGUGUACAUGGAGGCGCAGACAGUUGACUGUAAUGACCUGGGACUCUUUAGCCUGCCUGAAAAAUUACCAGUGGGCACGCAAGUGCUAUUACUGCAAACAAACAAUGUCGCCAAAAUUGACAAACCCUUGGAUUAUCUGGCCAAUAUCACAGAGAUUGAUUUAUCGCAGAACAACUUAUCCUCCAUCAGCGACAUCCAUCUGGGGAACCUUCCCCAGCUGCUGUCCCUUCAUUUGGAGGAGAACUGGAUACGAGAGCUACCUGAACGGUGUCUGUCGGAGGUGGCUAACCUUCAGGAGCUCUACAUGAAUCACAAUCUCAUCUCAUCAAUUUCCCCGCUGGCCUUCCAGGGUCUCACCAGCCUUGUGCGGCUCCACCUCAAUUCUAACAAGCUGAAGGUUAUUAAGAGGGAGUGGUUCGAUCCCAUGCCAAACCUGGAGAUCCUAAUGAUUGGUGAAAAUCCAGUUCUGUCCAUCGAUGAUAUGAACUUUAAACCUCUCAGUAACCUUCGCAGUCUUGUUCUUACCAGAAUGAACCUGUCUCAGCUUCCUGACGACGCACUGUCCGGUCUUGACAACUUGGAGAGCAUCUCUUUCUACGAUAACAUCUUCCCUGAGGUGCCUCAUUCUGCCCUGAGAAAUGUCAAAAAUCUCAAGUUUUUGGAUCUAAAUAAAAACCCAAUUGCGAGGAUACAGAGAGGGGACUUUGUGGAUAUGCUCCAUCUGAAAGAACUGGGGAUUAAUAGCAUGCCAGAGCUAGUUUCCAUCGACAGCUUUGCCCUUAAUAACCUCCCUGAGCUCACCAAAAUAGAAGCCACCAAUAACCCUAAACUCUCCUAUAUCCAUCCUAAUGCUUUCUACAAACUGCCGCGGCUGGAAACCCUCAUGCUAAAUGGCAAUGCUCUCAGUGCCCUCCACAGGAUUACCGUUGAAUCUCUCCCAAAUCUCAGAGAGGUUAGCAUGCACAGCAACCCCAUCCGCUGUGACUGUGUGGUCCGCUGGAUGAACAUGAACAAGACCAACAUCCGCUUCAUGGAGCCUGACUCGCUGUACUGCGUAGAGCCUCCGGAGUACGAGGGCCAGCACGUCCGACAGGUGCACUUCAGGGAGAUGAUGGAGAUUUGUCUGCCGCUGAUAUCUCCCGAAAGCAUGCCGGGGCAUAUUAAAGCACAGAAUGGGAGCUCCUUGUCACUCCAUUGUCGCGCCUUUGCUGAACCAGAGCCGGACAUCUACUGGAUCACUCCAUCUGGCACCAGGGUCUUGCCAAACACCGUGUCCGACAAGUUCUACAUGCACCCGGAGGGAACAUUUGACAUCUACGACAUAACAGAAAAUGAAGCCGGUCUUUACACCUGUGUUGCCCAUAAUCUGGUCGGCGCUGAUCUUAAAUCUGUUUCAGUAGAGGUGAAUGGAUAUUUUCCCCAACCUACAAACGGGUCUCUGAAUGUUGUCGUCAAAUCAGUGGAGAGUCACUCGAUUCUGGUUUCCUGGAAGGCUGGCCCUGGCACUUUGGCCCCCAACAUUAAAUGGUACACCGCGUCAGAUGCCAACCAUCCCACCACGGCGUUCACCACCAGGGUUCUCUCCGAUGUCCAGGUCUACAACCUCACCCAUCUCAGCCCCGCCACUCAGUACAAAGUAUGUGUGGAUAUCCGCAGCAUCCACUACAACCAUGACACCAAAUGCGUCAAUGUCACCACUAAGGGAUUAGAGCUGGCAGCCAAGGACACAGAAAAAUGGGAUGCGGCAGUAAUCACUGUCUUUGGUGUGCUCUUGGCUGUGAUUUCAGUGGCCUGCCUGCUUAUUUAUGUGUCUCUGAGGAACCACCACCUUUAUGGGGAUAUAAGGAAAUGCGACUCCAAAGCUUCGCUGACACCAGUGGAAGCUACCGGUAUGCACUCUUCUUUCUUUACAAAGCUGUGGGUUUCGGGUAAGGGACUGCCGAGCGGAGUCGAAGUGAGAGCCACAGUCAUAAAUGUAUCUGACAAUGCAUUUUAA